AUGCUUUGUUAUAUUGGAGUGGAUGUGGGCACAGCCUCUGUGAGAGCCUGCAUCACGGGCGUAUCUGGGGACAUCCUCGCCUCGCACGAUCACCCUAUAUCUCGCCGUGUUGAUCCAGCCAACCCAAUGAUUAUUACCCAAUCCUCAACCGAGAUCUGGUAUGCCGUGUGUGAGGCAAUUCGCUACUGUGUGGGGGAAUCAGACGCUGAGUAUGACGGCAUCGCCUUCAGUGCCACGUGCUCCUUAGUGACGCUUAGCGAAUCCUCAGAGGGUCGGUACCAGCCAUAUGCUGUGGAUAGCGGUUUCACCGAUGUUAAUAACAAUAUUGUCCUUUGGAUGGACCAUAGAGCACAGGAAGAUGCGGUAGAAAUCAACAAGACCCUUGCCCAAAGUGGUCCUCUUAGAGAGUAUUUGGAUUAUUUGGGUGGAGGGUUUAUUCCUGAGAUGGGCUUGCCCAAAUUGAAGUGGUUGGUGGAUCGCAUUCCCCCGGCUGAACUCUCUCUGCUUCGAUUUAUGGAACUACACGAUUAUCUUUCCUUCAUGGCGAUUACCAAUGGGUUGGUAAAGACCUCUCCACCAGCGAUCCAUUGUUCGAGUGACACAACACGGCUUAAGAUGGCGUUGGAUGGCUCCACAAAGGGGUGGUCCAGGGAUAUCUUGCAAGCGGUCGGCUUGGAAAAAUUGUCUGAGAAGAACUUCCAGAGCUUCGGUCGGGUGGAAUACGAUCCAUUCAGCCAAUCGUCACACUGUCCUAUUCCCUAUGCCGGAACGUGUUUGGGGACUGUGUGUCCGCAGAGCCUCUCGGCGUUUGGUAUUUCUGGCGGUACGGUGGCGGUGGGACACGGUGUGAUUGAUUGUUACGCGGGGUGGAUAUCCACCGCAGCAGGGAGCACCGCACUUCUGGAAACGUUAGCAAUGGUGGCAGGGACCUCGACUUGUUACUUGCUUGCUACCCUGUUGGAGUCAUUUAUUCCGGGUAUCUGGGGGCCCUUUGAGGGCUUGGUGAGCGGCUUGAAUUUCUACGAAGGGGGUCUGUCGACCACAGGGGCUCUAGUUGAACAGUUGCUCGCCACCCAUCCCGCUAAUGCGGAGCUUGUGAGGUUAUCCGCAACAAGCCAGCGGUCCCUUUUUGACCAGUUGAACUAUCUAGUAGAAUCGUAUACCAACGAUCAAGGGGUUGAUACCUGCAAUGAGUUGGUAAAACACAUGUUCUUCUAUGGCGAGUAUCUGGGUAAUAGAACUCCUUACAACCUGCCAGACAUGAGAGGCGCCUUUAUCGGUCAGUCCACCGACUGUUCCUUAAAAGAUUUGGUAUACCGGUACAUCCUUAUCCUCGAAUACUUGUGUUUGCAAACACGGCAGAUAAUCGAAACCAUAAGCUCUGAAAGAGCCACAAUAUCAAAGGUGGUGCUUUCCGGAUCCCAGGCCAAAAAUGGUAUCUUCACCCGUAUGUUGGCAACUGCCAUUCAGGUGCCGGUGGAAAUGUCCCCAGGCGACGCCAAGUUCGAUGUGGUCAAGGGGGCUGCUAUUCUUGCAUAUCUGGCAACUGCAAUGUCGAGCAUUUUGCGUUCAAUUUUGAAUGCCCGCGCGGUCGCGCCGUCGCUCACUAGAAGCUUUCAUGCAGGCGCCGCCGCCCGCACCUACGCCGAAGAGAAGGUUGUCAUCGACGGAAUCUUCAACGCCUUGGACACCGAGGACAAGACGCGGAUGGCCAGAAUGCGUAACAUCGGGAUUUCCGCCCAUAUUGACUCCGGGAAGACCACUUUCUCGGAACGUGUGUUGUUCUACACCGGAAGAAUCAAGGCCAUCCACGAGGUCAGAGGCCGCGACAACGUUGGGGCCAAGAUGGAUUUCAUGGAGUUGGAGAGAGAAAAGGGGAUCACCAUUCAGUCCGCCGCCACCUACUGUUCCUGGGACAAGGACGACAGCAACUACCACUUCAACUUGAUCGACACGCCCGGCCAUAUCGAUUUCACCAUCGAGGUCGAGAGAGCCUUGAGAGUCUUGGAUGGUGCCGUCUUAGUGGUGUGCGCCGUCUCGGGUGUGCAGUCCCAGACCGUCACCGUCGACAGACAGAUGCGUCGUUACAACGUGCCAAGAAUCACCUUCGUCAACAAGAUGGACAGAAUGGGCGCGGAUCCGUUCAAGGCUAUCGCCCAGGUCAACCAGAAGUUGAAGAUUCCGGCUGCUGCUAUCCAGGUCCCAAUCGGCGCUGAGUCCGAAUUGGCCGGGGUGGUGAACAUUAUCGACCGUGUUGCCUUGUACAACAGAGGGGACCAAGGUGAAAUCAUCGAGAGAGGCCCGGUCCCAGCUGACUUGGUCGACUUGGUUGAGGAAAAGCGUGCGUUAUUGAUCGAGACCUUGGCUGAUGUCGACGAGCAGAUGGCUGACAUCUACCUCGAGGGCGAAGAGCCAACCGUUGAGCAGAUUAAGGACGCUAUUCGUCGUUCUACCAUUGCCAGAGCGUUUUCGCCGGUCUUGAUGGGCUCCGCGUUGGCCAACAGAGGGAUCCAGCAAGUGUUGGACGCUGUCUGCGACUACUUACCUAACCCUGCCGAGACUUUGAACACCGGUUUGGACGCCGCGAACGAGGAGGCGCCUGUCAAUAUGGUUCCGUCCGUCAAGGCCCCGUUCGUGGGGUUGGCGUUCAAGUUGGAGGAAGGCAAGUACGGGCAGUUGACCUACUUGAGGGUUUACCAGGGUCGUUUGAAGAAGGGUGGCUUUAUCACCAACGUCAAGACCGGCAAGAAGAUUAAGGUUUCCCGCUUGGUAAGAAUGCACUCCAACGACAUGGAAGACGUGAAUGAGAUCGGUGCUGGUGAAAUCUGUGCUACUUUCGGUGUCGACUGUGCCUCUGGUGACACCUUCACCGACGGUGAGGUCAAGUACACCAUGACCUCUAUGUACGUUCCGGACGCGGUUAUCUCCUUGUCGCUUACCCCAACCACCAAGGACACGACCAAUUUCUCUAAGGCGUUGUCGCGCUUCCAGAGAGAAGAUCCAACCUUCAGAGUCAAGUUCGAUAACGAGUCCAAGGAGACCAUCAUCUCCGGAAUGGGAGAAUUGCACUUGGAGAUCUACAUCGAGCGCAUGAAGCGUGAGUACAACGUUGAGUGCACCACCGGGAAGCCUCAGGUCGCAUACCGUGAAGCCAUCUUGUCCUCUUCCGACUUUGACUACGUCCACAAGAAGCAGUCCGGUGGGUCGGGCCAGUUCGGUAGGGUUAUCGGUAACAUGGGUGCCUGCGACGGUGAAAACAAGUUUGAAACCGCCGUCGUGGGUGGUAAGAUUUCCGAAAAGUUCUUGGCCGCGUGUGCCAAGGGGUUCGAAGACGCGUGCGAAAAGGGUCCGUUGAUCGGUCACAGGGUGUUGGGCUGCCACAUGGUUAUCAAUGAUGGUCAGACCCACGUUGUGGACUCCUCUGAGUUGUCCUUCAGAACCGCCACCGUGAUGGCGUUCAAGCAAGCCUUCACCAACGCCCAGCCAACCAUCUUGGAGCCGAUCAUGACCGUCACCGUCACCGCGCCAAACGAGUUCCAGGGCAACAUCAUCGGCUUGUUGAACAAGGUGCAGGGUGUGAUCUUGGACACCGAAAACGGACCAGACGAGUUCGUCAUCUCCUCCGAGUGCUCUUUGAACUCUAUGUUCGGUUUCGCCACGUCCUUGAGAGCUGCCACCCAGGGUAAGGGUGAGUUCUCCUUGGAGUUUAAGCAGUACUCUCCAUGUCCACCACAGUUGCAGAAGGAAUUGAUCGCCGAGUACGAAAAGAAGAAGGCUGAGAAGAAGAAAUAA